UUUCUCUCUCACACACUCUUCCUAUCUGUCUAUCUCUCUCUCAGCCCUCUUCUCUAAUAAGCAUCCUCCUAUCCUAGCCCGCGGUGCUGCAUGAAAAGAUGCAAACAUACUUAAUUAGAGCGGUGGCAAUAAUUUCCAAGCUAAAUAUGCGACCAGACAGACAUGGAAGUGAUCUGAUAGCAUUCAGAAAGGAUAUACCCUCUUCUUCCCUGUACAGGAUCACUGUGUAGAGUGUUUUCCGCCCCUCCUUUACCUUUGUUCCCAUGGCUUUUCUCUACACUUGCUUUCAGGAGGGAAGAAGCAUGUCACGGCUGUCUCUGACCCGGUCCCCGGUCUCUCCCCUGGCCGCUCAGGGGAUCCCUCUGCCGGCUCAGCUGACCAAGGCGAACGCCCCCGUUCACAUCGACGUCGGAGGACACAUGUACACCAGCAGCCUUGCGACCCUCACCAAGUACCCAGACUCCAGAAUCAGUCGCCUGUUCAAUGGCACCGAGCCCAUCGUGUUGGACAGCUUGAAGCAGCACUACUUCAUAGAUCGGGACGGCGAGAUAUUCCGCUACAUUCUCAGUUUUCUGAGGACCAGCAAACUGCUGCUUCCAGAGGAUUUCAAGGACUUCCACCUGCUGUACGAGGAGGCCCGUUACUACCAGCUGACGCCCAUGAUCAAGGAGCUGGAGCGCUGGAAGCAGGAGCGCGAACAGCGGCGGAUGGCACAGCCCUGCGACUGCCUCGUGGUCCGGGUCACGCCCGACCUCGGUGAGAGGAUCGCCCUGAGUGGGGAGAAGGUCCUCAUAGAGGAGAUCUUCCCUGAGACCGGAGACGUUAUGUGCAACUCAGUCAACGCCGGCUGGAACCAGGACCCAACGCACGUCAUCCGCUUUCCUCUCAACGGCUACUGCAGGCUCAACUCCGUGCAGGUAAGGCAUCAAAGAGAAUAUUUUUGAUACAUUACAGAUAUUUAAAAAAAUAAAUAAAUACCCGCGUAGUUAACAGUCACGCAUUUAUCAAAUUUCUUGGGGGAAAAAAAAAAAAAAAAAAA